CAUAUACGACCCAUCCCUGCCAGACUUUACUUUCGGUUUUGUCCGUGACAAGCAGCGGAUGAAUUUCACGUCUCGUAUACUUGUUUAAGACGUUUCUGCUGUCUGUAAUUAGUAAAAUUAUUCAGAAAAGAGUGGUCCACGUGGCGUCUGUGUCGGUGUAUCCCGUGGAAAAGAUGUGGCGCGCGCUCAAACAGUUGGGAUUGUUUUACGUCUUCCUGUUGUUUUUUUCUGUGUCACCCAACGACGCUGAAAUAGUGUACAAAGCUACAGGUGAAGAUGUUGUCCUCAGUUUACCCCUGGUGGAGUCUCCUAUCCAGAGGGUACAGUGGAAACACAAUGGUGAUAUUGCUGCAGAGAUGUAUGGAAAGGAAGUUCAGUGCCUUCUCCAGUUUAAAGGUCGUUGUGAGGUGAACACUGAUUCUGGAGAACUGACCAUCAAAGGACUUAACCUGAACGACAGCGGCAUCUACACACCAGAGAUUAACGGCAAAGUCUUCAACAAGACUCAGCUCUCUGUUAUCUCUCGUGUAGCUAAACCCUCUGUAAAAACAUUCUACAACACUGAGAUGACCAGCUGUCUCCUGACCUGUGAAGGCAACACUGCAGAGGCUGAACCAAUCACUUAUACGUGGUUUAUAGAUGGCAAGCAUGGACCUUCAGACAAGGUGUUGACUAUAACAAAGGAUUCAAAGGAGUACAGUUUCAGAUGUUUGAUGAUGAACCCAGUCAGCAAUGAAACCAGUGAAAGCAUCACAAACCCCUUCACUGAACAAGAACGGGACCAGCCGGUAUCCAUCCCUUUGUUAGUGGUAGUGAUUGUUUUGGUAGUCAUUGUGGUUGCUGUUUUCAUCUACAAAUGCAUCAGGGGAAGACAGCAAAGAGCACAAUACGAAAAGCUGCAAGGAGACCUACAAGAGAAAAGGCAACAAGAACGAGCUCGUAAGAUACAAAUGUUUUCUUAAAUGGUUGAUAAGAAAACAUAUUCAAAAAUGAACAUAGUUCUCAAAUUUGGAUUAUUCAUUUUAUUAACAUGCCUGUUUUUUAAUAAUUUUUUAAAAUUUCGGCAGAAAUUUGUAGUGUCACUUUGUUGUUGCUUCAAUAGUUUUUUGCUCUUCCAGAUUUAUUAAUCCUACUAUUUGAUUUUACACAGAAAUUUAUCCUUACUUAAAUAUAAUCAAUAAUGUAAUAUAAGUCUGAUGAUAAUGUUUGAAUUUGUUCUGCUGUCAGAAUCCGUCUUUGGUGACACUCAGCUUAAGCAUGAUUAAUGUUUAAUGAUGAUCACAUUAUGAAUGACUGAUUUACAACAUGUUUUUCUCUGUCUUAUAUACAGGAAUAAAGCAACAAAAACGAGCCGAUAGAAAAAGGCGGAUAAAAGAACAAGAAGGUACA